UCGUCGAAAAUGGCUCAAACCUUUCGGGAGGUGCACAUUCCGGUUCCGUUCGGGGAGAUUCGCGGCAAGUGGUACGGUCCUACGAACGUUCGGCCGAUUCUGUUCAUCCACGGGUUCAACGACAACAGUGGUUCGUUUGAUCGAGUGAUUCCGUUGCUUCCGACCGCAGGAAGCUACCUGGCGAUUGAUUUGCCCGGUCACGGACUGUCCUCGUGGAUGCCAAGCGGCACCGUUUACCGUCUGAAUGAUGCGGCCAUCUGCAUUCGACGGAUCAUGAAGAUCUACGGCUGGUCCAAGGUAUCUCUGGUAGGUCACUCUCUCGGAGCCAUGAUGUGCUACAUCUUCAUCGGACUGUACCCGGAUAAGGUCGAUCUGUUCGUAGCACUCGAUGCGCUUCAAGCGUCCUUCCCGGAAGGGUUAUACGCGAGAUUGGCCUCUCACUUUGAUCGUUCGAUCGAGUACGAUGACGCCAAGGGAAAGAAACCGACCGGAUUGACCUAUGACAAGAUGCUAAGUAAGGCGCGAUAUCCAGCAGGCUCGACAAUCCCGAUAGAACUGUGUCAUCACAUACUGGACAGAAACAUCCGCGAAAGUAGCGUCCUUCCGGGAACCUUCCAUUACACUAUCGACAGCCGCACCAAGCAUCCGGACCUCUCCGGGUGGUCUCGGGAAACAAACCUGGAAACGGCCAGGGCAACCAAGUGCCCAGUGUUGGUGAUCAAAGCUACGGAUUCGCUCUAUUACGGCGAUGACGAGGAGUUCAAGCGACUUUUGGACGAGAUGGGUAAGAAUAAUCCACUGACCCGGUUGGUGGCGAUCGGAGGGCAUCAUUACGUGCAUCUGGUCGAUGCGGAGAGCGUGGCCAACGUAAUUGGCCAAUUUUUGAUCGAUUGUAAGCGAUUUGAGGAAAUUGUGGAGAGUAAGUUAUAGAGUUGAUUAUCUAGUGAAUUUAAUUUGUGUGGAAUAAAAUAUAUCUCAAUGUUAAA